CCAGAUCACGUUUGCCACCGGCAGCCAACCAGUCAGGCCCAAGUCGGCGGGCAACAAGCGAUUGGGGACGAGAGAGCUCGGCUCCCCAGUUCCCCCGUCCAGGUCCCCCCCCGCCGGGCCGAGGCGGUAUAUCCUGCUCUCCCCGGUCACCUCCCACUCGUGGAAGCGGAGCUGCGGCCUCGCUGUAACGCAGAAACGAAAUGUAGCCAGCCGGGUGUCGCGGCUGGACGCUCGCCUUGGCUGGGGGUGUGGGGGGGCACGCGGGGGGCCGAGGAGGACUGCCAAGGAAGAGGAGUGAUGAGAAGAGGGGGAACCCUGCACCCCCCGAGACCACGGGCCCCUGCUGCCACUCACCAGGCGCCCCCCUUCCUCCCAAGCGAGGGGCAGGUGUUCCAUACAGAUUCUCGUGACUUUAAGGACCAGGCAAUUGGGGAGACACAAAGUCUUCCCAGGAAGGGAGGAAAUCUCUGGAAGAGAGGGGAAAGACAGCAGACACUGCCCUGGGACCACCGGAGCCUGAGGUGCUGUGGGAAGCCGAAGGCACCGAGCAGGAGGAGCAGGAAGGAGUCCCAGCCCCAGGUGGAGGCUGUGUUCUGAAAGAUCUGAACUUGGUCUACUUUUUACGAGAGAGGGGCUGCCUCCAGAGGCACUGCAGCCUUGGGCUGGGUCCUUCUCUGGAUGCCCCCUUCCCUGAGGAGCUUGCCGCUGAGAACCAAAGAAGAUAAGAGGUCAGACAGACUUCCCCCAGGCAAGAGGCCCGUUGGCUGGAGGCAGGCAUCUGCACCCCUAGUGGUGGGCUGCUGAGCCUGGUGAGGAGUUUCUUGCUCCCCUCCAGAACCCGGCUCCAGUGCUUCAUGGGGCUGCCUGUUGGUGGAUCAGUUUUUGCAGUGCCUGGUAGCAGCAGAGAGCCGUGGGAAGAGGACCCGCGGCACCCAAGCCUCGGUUCCCCCCAAGACUAAGAUCUUUCCUGAGUUAGGGAGAGAAAAGCAGAAAAAAAAAAAAAAGAAGAAAGUUCUCCCCUCCUCUCCUCCCUGCCCGUCAUGUCCUCUAAGCCGGAGCCGAAGGACGUCCACCAACUGAAUGGGACUGGCCCCACUCCCUCUCCCUGCUCUUCAGAUGGCCCCGGGCGAGAGCCCUUGGCCGGGACCUCAGAGUUCCUGGGGCCUGAUGGGGCUGGGGUGGAGGUGGUGGUGAUUGAGUCUCGUGCCAAUGCCAAGGGGAUUCGGGAAGAGGACGCCCUGUUGGAGAACGGCAGCCAAAGCAAUGAAAGUGACGACGUCAGCACGGACCGUGGCCCUGCACCACCCUCCCCACUCAAGGAGACCUCCUUUUCCAUCGGGCUGCAAGUGCUGUUCCCCUUCCUCCUGGCAGGCUUCGGGACUGUGGCUGCUGGCAUGGUGCUGGACAUUGUGCAGCUUCCCACUACAGCUGAGCUGGAGCAGGCCCUGCAGAUGACUGCUACAAGAUCACAGGAGGGGCACUGGGAGGUCUUCCAGAAGGUGACGGAGGUCUUCAUCCUGGUGCCUGCGCUGCUGGGGCUCAAGGGGAAUCUGGAAAUGACCCUGGCAUCGAGGCUGUCCACUGCAGCCAACAUUGGACAAAUGGAUACACCCAAGGAGCUCUGGAGGAUGAUCACUGGAAACAUGGCCCUCAUCCAGGUGCAGGCCACGGUGGUGGGCUUCCUGGCAUCCAUCGCAGCCGUCGUGUUUGGCUGGAUCCCUGAUGGCCACUUUAGCAUCCCACAUGCCUUCCUGCUGUGUGCCAGCAGUGUAGCCACAGCCUUCAUUGCCUCUCUGGUGCUGGGUAUGAUCAUGAUUGGAGUCAUCAUUGGCUCUCGCAAGAUUGGGAUCAACCCAGACAACGUGGCCACACCCAUUGCUGCCAGCCUGGGCGAUCUCAUCACCUUGGCACUGCUCUCAGGCAUCAGCUGGGGACUCUACCUGGAACUGAGUGAGGCUGAGGCCACCGAGAGUGGCUCAGAUCACUGGAGAUACAUCUACCCCCUGGUGUGUGCCUUCUUUGUGGCCCUGUUGCCUGUCUGGGUGGUGCUGGCCCGACGGAGCCCAGCUACAAGAGAGGUGUUGUACUCAGGCUGGGAGCCUGUCAUCAUUGCCAUGGCCAUCAGCAGUGUGGGAGGCCUCAUCUUGGACAAGACGGUCUCAGACCCCAACUUUGCAGGGAUGGCUGUCUUCACACCUGUAAUCAAUGGUGUUGGGGGCAAUCUGGUGGCAGUGCAGGCCAGCCGCAUCUCCACCUUCCUCCACAUGAAUGGGAUGCCAGGGGAGAACUCUGAGCAAGCUCCUCGCCGCUGCCCCAGCCCUUGUACCACCUUCUUCAGUCCUGAUGUGAAUUCCCGCUCAGCCCGGGUCCUCUUCCUCCUUGUGGUCCCAGGACACCUGGUGUUCCUCUAUACCAUCAGCUGUAUGCAGGGCGGGCAUACCACCCUCACACUCAUCUUCAUCAUCUUCUACAUGACAGCUGCACUGCUCCAGGUGCUGAUUCUCCUGUACAUCGCAGACUGGAUGGUGCACUGGAUGUGGGGCCGGGGCCUGGACCCGGACAAUUUCUCCAUACCGUACUUGACUGCUCUGGGGGACCUGCUUGGCACUGGGCUCCUGGCACUCAGCUUCCAUGUCCUCUGGCUCAUUGGGGACCGAGACACAGAUGUUGGGGACUAACUUGGCCACUCAGCCUUUUCCCUCUGCACUUCCUGUUUGAAUUUUUUCUUUUGUUUUCCUCUCCCCACCCCACCCCCCACUCUCACCUCUUUCUAGGACUUCACUUUGAUACCAAAUUCUCAUUAUUUUCAAUGGGAAUUUUUAUACAUUGAGCCAAGUUUGGGUAGGAAGAAUUCAGGAAGGACAGAUGGACUGAGAUAAGCAGUACAAGUAGAUUUUUGAGACAAUCACCAAGUGCAUUUUCAUGGUGGGUGCCUCCAGGUGAGGUGGAUUGGGGCAGGGGGUUUCUGUCUGGAAUCUGGGGGUAUAUGGCUUAGCUUUAGCAACCUCAGUUGUGGCCCUAAUGAGAAAACCUUUGUGAGUGGGUUCUGGUUUUCCGGUUAUGUUAUUUUCUUUCUUUCUUUCUUUCUUUCUUUUCUUUCUUUCUUUCUUUCUUUGGUUGAACAGAGGGAUAGAACACACACACACACACACACACACACACACACACACACACAGAAAUGGACCAACGUCAAAGCACUGGGCAGGAGACAACUGCUUCAGGCCCCCUGUGAUCCCAGCCCUACUCUCUGCCCUCUGGACCUAGGCUCUCCUGCUCUCAGAGAGAGGAAGGUGGGCUGACUGUUCAAUUUGUGCACGUGCCUAUUGCCUGACUGCCUGGUCAACAUCACCAACACUCCUUCUAAUUGUUUUCCAGAUGAAUGUCAUCCAGGAAGUAAUAAGCAGUAGCCUGGUCUCCCUGUGGAUCUAUGUCUACCCAUAGGUUUCCCAAGAUCCACAUCCUCCCUGGGCCUGGAGGUCUGAGUCUUCAUCUCUGUUCAGCCCUCCUCUCUAAUUAUAUCUAAGCACUACCUUCCCCAGAGCUUGCCAAGCGGAGUUCCAAGAAUAGGGACAGAGCAAGGAUAUGUGGAGAAUGACUGGGAGGUUGAGGGAAACCAAGGGUGUUUGGUUGCUGCUGUUUCCCCUGAGAACAUAAUCAUGUGGUCACCUUGGCCUCUAUUACUUCCUAAAAAUCACUCAUGCUUUCAUGGUCAUGAAGGUCAGUCUCUCUUGGUUCCUGCCCACAAUCAUUCAUUCACUCAUUCAACAAAUUCUCAGCCUCCCCAUGAUGAGCUGUUCAGCAAGUAUGGUCUGAAACAUGUACUAAGCAGUAUUUAUUGGGUGCCUACUAUGUGUUAGGUACUGUGCCAGGCACUGACUAGCCAGUGGUAAGGGAAUCACAGCUCUCACCUCACCUCCUUCCCCAGCUUACAUAGGUCACCUGUCCCUUUCAGUAUGGCAGACAGAUUUCCUCAUUGUAGGCAUUUGCUUCUCCUUCACCACACCAGGCCUUGCCUUGUUCUUCCUAGACUCCAACACUGCAGUGCUGAUCAGACCUCAAGCCACCAGUUCCAUUACUUAACCAGUGUUUGUAUCUCUAAACUACCAUCCUUCACUCUCCCUUCUUGUCCCUCUCCUCCCUAAUCAUCCCAAAGAGGAUUUAGAACUAGCAGUACAGACACCAAUUGGCUUCUUCUGCUUCUCAGCCUAGCAAAAAAAAAAAAAAAAACUUGAGAGAAAUCCAGAGCCUC